AUGGAAGUCCACGAACCCCUCGCCGAUACUCGCUGGUACAUCAGGCCAGCUGUGAAACGGCUAUGCAUGCAGGACUGCGAAGAAGGAACACUACGAAAUUCCGAGAACAGCUGGUGGAAGUCACCAAAGGCGAACAGGCCAAUUUUCCAACAACUCAAUGACGAAGGUGUGGAACUGAUUUGGGCAGCUGAUAAGGGUAGCAUUGGGUUCACAGCAGUGCUUAGCAGUUCCAGUGAACUUGCUCCUUUUGUACGAGAGGUAAUUCAAGCGUUUGCAUCAAAUGAGAUUCGCAUAAGCCAUGUCGAGACUAGACAACACAAAUUCGGAAAAGGAUGGGAUCUGCUAGCUGAUUGUGAUGCAACGAAAGACCAGCUAAUAGCGGCUGCUGCGACUCUUACGAAAGAGCAUGUAAAUCUAACUGGCUUUGCUCUUUACAAGAAGAACGCCGUAGAGGAGGUGCCAUGGUUUCCACGACACAUCUCUGAGCUUGACAAAUGCUCUCAUUGCAUCACAAAAUACGAUCCAAUGACGGAUCCGCGUCAUCCGGGACAUGGCGAUGCGACGUACAUAGCUAGAAGAAAUUUCCUCAACGAUCAUGCCAUGCAAUACAAACAUGGUGAUCCCAUACCCAUUGUUGAGUACACAGAGCAGGAACACGCGACAUGGAAGGCUGUAUACGAAAAGCUGAGAGGACUUCAUGAAAGUCAUACAUGCUUGGCUUAUAGGAAGAACUUAAAACUCUUGGAAGAUGCUGGAGUUUUGACACCGGAAAAAAUUCCACAAAUCAGGGAUGUGAAUGUAUAUCUGCAGAAGAGAACAGGAUUUAUACUCCGUCCUUGUUCUGGUCUACUCUCAGCUCGCGACUUUUUAGCCAGUCUUGCGUUCCGUGUUUUUCAGACUACUACAUACCUGCGUCAUAGCAGCAGACCACAUCACUCACCGGAACCUGAUCUGAUUCACGAGCUACUAGGUCAUGUGCCGAUGUUUGCAGAUCCAAUGGUGGCCCAAAUGAGUCAGGAUAUCGGUCUGAUGAGCCUAGGAGCAACAGAUGAGCAAAUCGAAAAGCUGGCUACCGUUUACUGGUUUAUAAUCGAAUUUGGAUUGUGCAGAGAAGGUGGUCAACUAAAGGCCAUAGGUGCCGGGCUCAUAUCCGCCUACGGCGAACUCGAGCACGCCUGCUCGGACAAGCCAGAGCAUCGCGACUUCGAUCCGGCUAUUACAGCCGUGCAAAAGUAUGAGGAUAGCGAUUAUCAACCGCUGUACUUCGUAGCGAACAGCAUACAGGACGCACUAUACAAACUGAGAGAAUACGCGCUGUCAAUGGAGAGACCGUUUGCGGUGAUCUACGACCCGUUCACUAGAAGUGUAGAGAUUAUCCGCCAUAUUUCCGACUUGGAACCAGCAUUUUCACGAUUCCGUAUGGAAUUCUCAUCGACAACAUAUGCACUCGAUAAACUGAACAUUAACAACGCUACAAAAUGA